AUGUCCUUCUUCGCUGGAUGUACUUCUCUUGUUUCUGAUGAGUCAAAUGAAUUCGUUGUUUCUUCUAAACCCUACCGCAUUGCUGGGGGCCCCCAAGUAGAUCAGGGGGCCCCGCCCUCUUCAGCCCUAUUCCUUAAUACUAAUCAGGAAGGGUCUAUAGGGGGGCCCCUGGGGGCCCCUACGGGGCCCCUGGGUUCUCCUAGGGGGCCCCAGGGGGGCCCAUUGGGGGCCCCCUUAAGGGGGCCCCAUGGGGGGCCCCUGGGGGCCCCCCUAAGGGGGCCCCCUGCUACUCUAGAUCCACAGAAGAUAGGAAGGGUUUUGACGGUGGCUGUUUCAGAGCUGGGAGAACAAGUGAAAUCAGGGGGAGAAUUGUUGUGGAGGUCUGCGCUGUCUGCUGCUGGCCAAGCGCUGUCUUCUGCUCCUGCAGCAAUCCCUGGGAUCGCCUCCUUGGGGGCGAUCCCAGGUCUGCCUUCUGCUGCUUCGGGUGUCUCCUCUUCUGCUGCUGCUGCUGCUGCUGCUGCUGCAGCUGGUGCUGUUGGUGUUGUUGGUGCUGUGGGGUCAGGGGGAUGGGGGACCCCAGUAGCAGCUACAGGAGCAGCAGCAACCCCAGCAGCAGCAGCAGCAGCAGCAACAGCAGCAGCAGCAGCAGGAAGAGAGUGCUCUGUUGUUGGUGCUGUGGGGUCAGGGGGAUGGGGGACCCCAGUAGCAGCUACAGGAGCAGCAGCAGCCCCAGCAGCAGCAGCAGCAGCAGCAACAGCAGCAGCAGCAGCAGGAAGAGAGUGCUCUGUUAGAGUGUGGGAGAACGGAAACCUUUCAAUCGACGUUACUUCAGACUGCCAAUUCGCCUGGAGCCGAAUUAAAGCCUCAGGUGUAUCGACACCUGUGGAGGGCAUCCACGGCAACGUGUAUCCCGUGACAGCGGAUGACAUUGGGGUGUACGUGGAGGUUUGCGGUUUUGCUAAGACCCCUAGUGGUUUGCAAGGAAGGCAGGUGCUGUCUUUCGGUCCUCUGGCGAUGGGGUUGUCUCUUAAAUAUCAAGUUCUUGCUGCUCUAGCAAACGAAACCUCUUCUUUCCGCUGCAUCAGAGCAUCUGAAGAGGGUUUAGAGGAGCCCAGCGAGAUGGAAGUCUCAGUGGAGAUCGACUCGGAGAAAGUUCUUGUCGCCCUCCCUCCGCCAGAUGGAUUGGAUGAGAGGGCUAGCAGGCGAGAGUUUAUCUGUAGAUACACCUCAAGCCUUCCGGUAGUCAAGAUCGACCCCACAUCUCCUACCCUCUUCCAGGCAAGGCUAAAUCUGUCUCCUACUUUAUCUUUUCUUUUACAUGCUCAAGAGACUCAAGACAGAGAUCUUCUUGCUGCUACUCUGAGGGUUUAUCAAAUCCGUUCGUUUGUCUCUACUUCUUCUAUUCUUGACUCUCUAGCAGGACGUCUUCCUUGCGAAGAUGCGCUGCAGCACAGCAGCAGCAGCAGCAGCAGCAGUAGCAGCAGCAGCGGGACAGAAGAGAUGAAAGCUCAGCUAAAGGAAGUCGAAGCAGCAAAUGCAAAUCUGCGGCUGGAGCUGCAGAAGCUGCAGCAGCAGCUGCAGCAGCGGCAAGCAGAUAAAGAAGGGGCGCAAGAGGGCCCAGAGAGUCACGUGCAGCGGCUGCUGCAGCGCAAAGUUGAUAUCCUUGUGAAAGAAAAAGAAGCGCUGCAGCAGCGCUUGCGAGAGGCUGUAAAGCAAGAGGAGGAGGAGACAAAAGAAAUGGCGUCGGAGAUAAAGCGGCUGCGAGCAGAAGUCGAAGAGGCCCAUAUAUGCAAAUCUCGAGUGUCUCUUGAGCUUGCUGAUGCUCGGCGUUUAGUUGAGGAGGAGAGGCAGCGGUUUGCUGCAGAGACGCAGCAACUCCGUGACGAAUUGCUGCAUGCAGAAGCCAGAACAGAAUGCCUUGGAGAGCAAGUGGGGGAGCUGAGGGCUUCGGAAGCUGCAGCAGAGACGCAGUUCUUGCUGCGCACUGCUGCUUUGAGGGAGACAGCAGCAGCAGCAGAGAAGGAGACAGAAGAAUUAAAGAGACAGCUUCAAGCAGCAGCAGACGAAAGAAAUGCUCUUGGAUCAGAGAGGACCCGCAUACUAAAGUUAGGGGAUAGGGUUAAGGUUGUUACAGUCUAG